AUGUCUACAUUCGGUCAAAUUUUCCGUGUAACCACUUACGGUGAAUCACACUGUAAAUCUGUUGGUUGUAUUGUUGAUGGUGUUCCACCUGGAAUGUCUCUAACCGAAGAUGACAUUCAACCUCAAUUGACUAGAAGAAGACCAGGUCAAUCGAAACUAUCUACCCCAAGAAAUGAAAAGGAUCGCGUUGAGAUUCAAUCCGGUACUGAAUUCGGUAAGACACUUGGUACUCCAAUCGGUAUGCUUGUGAAAAACGAGGAUCAAAGACCUCACGAUUACAGUGAUAUGGACAAUUACCCAAGACCUUCGCAUGCUGAUUUCACUUACAGCAGCAAGUAUGGCAUCAAAGCUUCUUCUGGUGGUGGAAGAUCAUCAGCAAGAGAGACAAUUGGUCGUGUUGCUGCUGGUGCCAUUGCUGAAAAGUUCCUAAAACAGUUAUCCAACGUUGAAAUUGUUGCCUUUGUCACCCAAAUCGGUGCUGUCAAGAUGAACAGAGAUCCACAGGAUCCAAAAUUCCAACAGGUUCUGAAUACCAUCACAAGAGAAAAAGUUGAUGCCGCUGGCCCAAUUAGAUGCCCGGAUUCAUCUGUCGCUGAUGCUAUGGUGAAGGAAAUUGAAAGAUACAGAGGUGAAAAGGAUUCCAUUGGUGGUGUUGUCACGUGUGUCAUCAGAAAUCUACCUGCGGGCCUUGGUGAACCUUGUUUCGAUAAAUUAGAAGCCUUGCUAGCACAUGCUAUGCUCUCAAUCCCAGCUUCCAAGGGUUUCGAGAUUGGUUCCGGAUUCGAUGGCGUUUGUUUGCCAGGUUCUAAGCAUAACGAUCCCUUCUACUUCGAUGAGGACACCGGAAGACUAAGAACAAAGACGAACAACUCUGGUGGUAUUCAAGGUGGUAUCUCAAAUGGAGAAAACAUCUACUUCUCUGUACCUUUCAAAUCUGCAGCUACUAUUUCUCAAGAACAAGCUACUGCUACCUACGACGGUAAAUCUGGUAUUCUAGCUGCUAAAGGUAGACACGACCCUUCUGUCACCCCAAGAGCCACCCCAAUUGUGGAAGCAAUGGCUGCCCUUGUCUUGGCUGAUGCUGUACUAAUCCAAAAGUCAAGAGAAGCCGCAAUCUCAAUUGUCUCUUAG